UGCUACCCACGCUGCGGAAGACGCUCAUAUACCCAAUGGCGGGGGGCCCGGUUGGCCGCGGGAUCCUCUCGAGGGUGCUGGAGCGAGGCCAUCACCAAGCAGGGCGCCCGGGAGUUCCUGUCUCCCAGCUCGGGCAGGCGCCGGAGGCAGCAGAGACCCCAGGGCCAAGGACCCCGGUUCCAGGCAGCACCCUGGUCACUCUCCCCUCCCCUGGCCCGAGUGCACUCGCUUGUUUCCUCUGCAGGUUCCUGGGCAGCGACUCCCGGGACUCCUACUUCACCCACACGCAGAGGCAGCGCAUCGUCUACGAGAUCCUGGCUCGCACCGUCUACGGGAAGCGGAAAUGCGCCGAGAUCGGGAUCGACCGGCUGCUGAACGAGGGGGUGUAUGCCGCCGCCUUCCCGCUGCACGAGGGCCCCUUCGAGAUGCCCGAGUGCGAGGCCUCGGCCGAAGCCCUGAACCCGCGCCAGGUCCUCUACCGCUUCUGGGCCCGGUGGGGCUGCUGGUGCCGGUACCAGCCCCUGGACCACGUCCGCGAGUACUUCGGGGAGAAAAUCGCCAUCUACUUCGCCUGGCUGGGGUUCUACACAGCCUGGCUGCUCCCCGCCGCGGCCGUGGGCACCGUGGUCUUCCUGGCAGGCUUGGUUACCAUGGGAACCAACACACCAGCGCAGGAGAUCUGCGAGAGCGGAGGCCAGUUCCUCAUGUGUCCACUGUGCGACACGUGUCAGACCUGGAACAUCUCGGAGAUCUGCCCCAUGGCUAAGGUCGGGUACCUGUUCGACCACCCCGGGACGGUUUUCUUCAGCGUCUUCAUGUCCUUCUGGGCCGUGACCUUCCUGGAGCACUGGAAGAGGAAGAGCGCCACGCUGCUGUGUGUGGUGAUGAUCUUCCUAGUCUCCGUGAUCAUGUACCGGGGCAUCGUCAGCGUGGUGAUGUACCACACAGGCAACGCCGUUCUCAUGACCCAGGCGGGGAACAUAGCGAACAUCAGCAGCACCCUGGUGAACCUGGCGCUGAUCCUCCUCAUGAGCCAGGUCUACACCUCGCUGGCGGAGAAGCUCACCCGGUGGGAGAUGCACCGGACCCAAACCCUGCACGAGGACGCCUUCACCUUCAAAGUCUUCAUCUUUCAGUUCGUCAACUUCUACUCCUCCCCCUUCUACGUGGCCUUCUUCAAAGGCAGGUUUGUGGGGUACCCCGGGCAGUACGGCACGCUGCUUGGCCUGAGGAACGAGGAGUGCGGCCCCGGGGGGUGCCUGAUCGAACUGGCACAGCAGCUGUUCAUCAUCAUGGUGGGGAAGCAGAUCGUCAGCAACAUCCAGGAGUUCGUCAUCCCCAAGCUGAAGGCCUGGCGGCAGAAGGGCCAGCUGGCCAGGAGCCCGCGCUGGGAGGAGGACUACGAGCUGAUUGACUGCGAGGGGCUCUUCGAAGAGUACUUGGAGAUGGUGCUGCAGUUUGGCUUCAUCACCAUCUUCGUGGCGGCCUGCCCGCUGGCGCCGCUGUUCGCUUUGCUCAACAACUGGGUGGAGAUCCGCCUGGACGCCCAGAAGUUUGUCUGCGAGUACCGGCGCCCGGUGGCCUACCGUGCCCAAAAUUCCGUCAUCGUCAACGCCUUCCUCAUCGCCUUCACCUCAGACUUCCUGCCCCGGCUGCUCUACCGCUAUGAGCACGACAGCCAGCUGCAGGGCUUCGUGAACUUCACCCUGGCCUACUCCCCUCCCGGCUACAUGGCCACCAACCACACCCUGUGCAGGUACAAGGCCUUCCGGGAUGCCAAUGGGAACUACACCCUCUUCUACUGGAAGCUGCUGGCCAUCCGCCUGGGCUUCAUCAUUGCCUUCGAGCACGUGGUCUUUUUCUUCCUGCGCCUCAUCGACUGGCUGGUGCCCGACAUCCCAGAGUCGCUGGAGCUGAAGAUCAAGCGAGAGCGUUACUUAGCCAAGCAGGCACUGGCCGAUAACCAGGAGGUGCUGCUGACGGUGAGUCACAACUCAGCUUCGCCAGGUCAGUGCGUGAGGAGCCUGCGGGCGUGUCUGUCCUUGUCCCUCUGUGAAACAGACGCAGGUUAGCAAGCAACGAACAGGGGAGCCAGGGCAACGCUCACUCAAUUGUUUUUCCAUUCAGGUGUGGAAUAAAUUUUAUGUGCACCAAGGCAUGUGCAGAUGUGCACCACCAGUAGCAACACACCCUGCCGAUUCUGGGUGCUCGGUCAGUCACCUGGGUGGCAUUUGAAUCUUUGCUAGUGGCUGCCCAAGUGCUCAUCUUACAGGGUGCCCUGG